GUGGGAUGCGGGGAAAUCCCCCCCGACAGUGAGAUGGAGGCUGAUGGAUACAUUCAAGCCUGGGCAAUCAAAAGAUUCAGAUAAUUUAAAGAAAGCGGAUAUAUGGCACCUCGCAGUGACUCACGGGCAGCGGGCGGAGCAGAGACAGCGAUACCCGGCCGGAGAGCAUUGUGGGGGAAGAAAAGCGUCUUUGUUCAGGCGGGCCGAGGAGUGACGGACUCCGUGUCCGCUCCUCACCGCGGCGACGACCUGUGAAGCUCUGCCGCGGAGAAGAGAUGUCAUCAAGUGGAUGGUGAUGAGCAAAGGGGACACAGUGUUAUGUUUGGUAUAUUUCAACAUGAAGUUAGAAAGAAAUAAUUAUUUCAGGUGGACAUGUUCAGGAUAUUAAUAUAAAAAGUGUUAAGUUUGAUUACACCCUUUUACUCAAGGACUUUCCCACAUGGAGGACAUUUAUAUUUGAAUUGGAAGGAUAUCUUGUUUAGGUGCUUUAACAAUAUAACAUGUUAUUUCAUGCAGUGAUGCAAGAGUUUAUUUUAUCGUACAAUUUGAAUGUUCUGUUUCCACAUUAUUUAAAAAAAUUGAGAGUUACAGGAGGCACAUUUCAACACCCUUCUGUAACUCUUAAUUGUUUUAAAUAAUGUGGGUUAACGGAACAUUCAAAUUGUAAGAUAAAAAAAAAAUCUCUUGCUGUGUGAAAUACCAUUUUAUAAUUACAUCCUUCUAAUUAAAAAAAAUGUAAAUAAAAAAAUAUAUAUAUUCUGUCCCCUCCUCCUCCGUGGGAUGAAUAGGUCUUGUUACUGGUCACCGGGCAUCUCUGCUGGCAGCGGCGGCCGGGGAGGAGGGGGUGAAGCUGUCCUGCAUCAAUGAGCCCGUUGAUCAGGAAAGACCACUGGACUGGUAAUGACACGCUCACGGAUCACACCGGGAGCAAAUAAAACUCGGCUUUCACCCCCGGUCCCAUUAAAGCAGGACGUCCUCGCGGCCCCCGGUCCGCCUCAGAGACCGACGCCUGUCAGGAGUCUUCGGGCUGCGGAUCCCACGAUGGUCUGGGCCGCCGCUCUCGUCAUGACUUUGGUUUCCUUCGUUAUUUCGGAGGACUACUGUUACGAUGAGCCGCGCUGUGAUCCUUACGCGUGGGGAGACAUGUUCCCGUCUUGUCACCCUAUCCUUGAGGAGCAUCACUCUCCCAUCAAUCUGGACCGCCAGAUGACCAGGAACGAGUCUCUGGGAGCUUUACACCUGGAGGGCUUCGAUGUGAUCCAGACGGGCCUCUGGACCCUGAAGAACGACGGGCACGCUGUCCUUCUGCAGGUCGGCGACGGCAUGUCGGUGAGCGGGGGAGGCCUUCCAGAUGUGUACCACACCGUCCAGCUGCACUUCCACUGGGGAGGCCCGGCCACCAACGGCUCGGAGCACACGGUGGACCGACGCAGAUACCCGAUGGAGAUGCACAUCGUCAACAUGAAGGCCAUCCAUCCCAACAUGACGGCGGCCUUGGGCGACCCGACGGGACUGGCGGUUCUUGGAUUCUUUCUUGACGUUGUUUACGCAGACAACGUGCAUUUUGGACUCGUCUCCCAGAAGCUGUCCUCUGUGGCUUACAAAGGCCAAACUACGAAGAUCAAGCCGUUCCCGCUGAUGAACCUCCUGCCCAAGCGCAACAUGAGUCAGUUCUACCGUUAUUACGGCGGCCUCACCACCCCGCCGUGUUCUCAAGUGGUCGUGUGGACUCUGUACGAAGUUCCCAUCUACAUCUCGUGGGCCCAACUGGCGCAGUUCACCUCACAGAUCUUCUCCACGGAGGAGGACGCGGAGCAGGUGACGCCUCUGCAGAACAACUUCCGACACGUCCACCCGACUUUCAGUCGCGUCGUCUCCGUGUCCAAAGACGCCAAACUCCUCAGCGGGACGUCCGGCCCGCCCUUCGGCUCGGGCGUGUCGCUGCAGCUGCUUCAAAUCCUUCUGCUGGGACGCUUCAUCUCCGGAUGUUAGCGACACGUGAAGGCGAAGCUCAACGGUGGAGUCAUGCGUGACUGCAAAGUGACAGUUAGAUGAUGACCAGCAAAGAAUAUAUAUACAAAUACAAACUGUGAAUAAAGUACUGUAACAUGUUGGUGCUUUGCUAGAUGUUAUGAUUGUGCUCUGCAGUCUGUACUUGAUUAGAAUAUUGAAAAAUGUGAUAAAUUAUGUCUCUUGACUAACAGUUUGUGAGUUUAGCAUUGAAAUGUGUUUUGGGGUCACAAAGUGAUACAAAUAAAGGAGGGAAAGUGUAUUGUAGGUAUUUGAUCAUUAAUCAAAGUAUUGCACAAGUUUUGUCUGGAUCAAAAAUAAAAAUAUCGCAAAAACAAUGCCAAUACUAUGUUUGGGCAUUCAAGAAAAUUACUUUUACUAAUGGCAUGAUCUAUGUCGGAACAGUUCAUGCCAUCCUAUUCAUUAUAAAUGUUAUGUUAAAAAUUAGGUGUAAAAUACAUUAUUUCAUGCUAAUAGGUAAGAAACUGCAAACAUAAAAGUAUUGCUUUUAUACUUUUGGAGACUUAACAUUUUUCUAAAGAUUUAUGAAAAUAAAUGGGAUUUCUUUGUCUUUUGUAUGAAUGUUUUGUUUGGAAAGAAAAUGUGGACGAUAGAGAACUAUUAAGAAUUGUGAAGUCAAAUUACUUAAGUGUUUUCUUACUUAAUGAUAAUGUUUUAAGACAUGCUAAACGAUUUAUUUUUAAUUACUUUCCUCGAAAUAUUUUAAUAUAACUUUUUGUAAUUGUCUUUUGUGUCUGAAGACAUAACUCACGUUAAGUUGGUGGAUACACAUGAGUUCGUGUGGUUGGACGUUGUUGACGCGCUGAGCAGCUGCGCGAGAGGAGACAGGGGGAGGAGUCAGAUGCUGCUCCGCGUGGUCCUAGUGCGUUGAUUUACAAUUGCCUUCUGAAAAAUAAUAUUCUGCUUGUGCAUCAUCAGGACCCAAAAGCACCAGAUUAAACAAGCAGCAAGUAGCGAAGGACUCGAGGCUGCAUGGAAUGACUGCAAACACACCUGCAACAAAAUAUAUAUAUCCACUACCGUUCAAAAGUUUGGGGUCAUGAAGAAAUGUCCUUAUUUGUCAAAGUAAAGCACUAUUUUAUCCAAUGAAGAUAACAUUAAAUUAAUCAGAAAUACACUCUAUACAUUGUUAAUGUGGUAAAUGACUAUUCUAGGUGGAAAUGUCUGGUUUUUAAUGAAAUAUCUACAUAGGUGUGUGGAGGCCUGUCUCCAGUGUUCUUAUGGUACAUUGUGUUCUCGCCUUAGAAGACUAACGGAGGGUUAGAAAACCCUUGAAAACCCUUUUUAAGUUAGCACAGCUGAAAACAGUUAUGCUGGUUAGAGAAGGAUGGCAUUCCUUUGAGCUUGACGUUUGAAGAACAAAAUUCAUAUUUCAAAUAAAAUUCAUUAUUUCUAACCUU